GUGUAGGCGAGUCACGUGUGAGACAGUCCGUUGAUCUCGUUCCGUCCCUGCAGUCAUACUUACUAGGGGUAUUCGUGUCGUUUAGGUUUCUGGAUAUUUUGUUUUGUUUUUAGGUCCUACUGUUAACCAAGUUAUAAUAAAUAUUUUUCAGAAGAAUGAGUGACAACGAUGACAUCGAGGUCGAUAGUGACGAAGAAUCACCGAGAUUUCACUCUGUGGCAGACAAACGAGCACAUCACAAUGCACUGGAGCGCAAACGUAGGGACCACAUCAAAGACAGCUUCCACAGUCUACGGGACUCUGUGCCUGCACUGCAAGGGGAGAAGCAAUCUAUCAAACAGGCCUCCCGAGCCCAAAUCCUAGACAAAGCCACAGAGUAUAUCCAGUACAUGCGACGGAAAAACCACACGCACCAACAGGACAUCGACGACCUGAAGAGGCAGAACGCACUGCUGGAGCAGCAAGUGCGCGCUCUGGAGAAGGUGAAGGGCUCCACACAGCUCCAGGCCAGCUACUCCUCCUCCGACAGCAGCCUGUACACCAACCCCAAGGGCAGCGCCGUGUCCGCCUUCGACGGGGGGUCCGACUCCAGCUCCGAGUCCGAGCCCGAGGAGCCCCCCAACAGAAAGAAGCUACGGGUGGAGCCCAGCUAGGUCCGGUCCGGUGACCCCUCCCGCCCCCCCUCCCUGGAAAGUCCACCCCACCGUGUGCUUCGACUAGACUCUUGCUACCCCUCCCGUUUCUCAGUCGCUCCGACCUCCUCACGCUGGUACAGGAGAGGGAGGGACGACUGUGUGACAGAAGAACGACCACUGUAGAAAUACGCGUUACUCUUCUGUUUUUCUUUUGCCUCUCUCUCUCUCUCUCUCUCUCUCUUUAUCCCUCUCUCCCUGGUGUUCCAGCAAUCAUUUGUCAGAAAUGACAACUAUCCAAAAAAAAAGAAAAAAAAAUCCAAGUGAGGCAGCUUUGCUAUUUAAGGACUUUGUGCAUUUGUACCCCAGUAGGCACCCUACCCAGUCACAUACAGUAGAAGACUACAGCUACAGAUACUGCAAGAACAAAAACAGCCGUGCGGGUUUUUAUUUUAAGACCCCACAAACAAAACCUGUCAAGUGUUUAGAACUUUACUUGCUUACCUUAGAAAAAUUGUCCAGAUGAGCAGUUUUUAAUAUUUAUACUUUUCCACAAAAGAAUGUGAAGUUACUUUGAAACAAAUGUAAACGUGUAAGCAAAUCACCUCAGGCCCUGUAUACGGCUGAAGUUUUUCAUUUUUAAAUUGUUUCUUAAGAAAAAUUAAAUUCCCUAUAUUGAAGGUGAUGUAUUGAUAGAACUUCCAAAUUGUACUUUACGUACUGUGCUGUCCUUUAGCUUGAUCUAGUGAAGGAAGUUAGAUGGCUGAAUAAUUUAGGGUUCUGAUUUAUUUUUUAAAGCAUCAAUUGCAUAUUUGAAAAUGUUUUGUAUAUUGCGUUUCUCAUACCAUAUGGGAAUAUACUAAUAUGCUACAUGUAGUUUUCCCAAGACACAAAAUAAGAAUGCUGAAUGUUAUAUCAAUAUGAUUGAAGGUAGUUACCUUUAUUUUAUUUUUUCAGUAAAGAAUAAUUGUCCAGGUCAGUGUUUUGUGCAUACACUGUACACUUAAAUGUUGCAGAUUUCAUUUCUACCGAACGAGUCCCCGUGAAGCAUUUUGCAGGUGCUGGGGAUGUGCGCAUCAUUUCUUUCCCUCCAUUAUUACAACAUCGAUUAGUGUGUACGGAAUAGAUUUUCGUUUGUCUGUGUCCAUUCCAUGGAAGUUACAGGUAUGUUGUACAUACUGCCAACAAUUGUCUUGCAAGUUGAGGCCUACCUUUACAAUGAGACUAUAAAUAAAACUAUUUUAUCCUUU